CGGCCGCGGGCGCGCGGCGCGUCCCGGGCUCAGAAUGUGGCGCGUCCCCGGCCACCUCUGCGUGCGCUUCGCCGGGCGGAGCAAGCUCUCGGGACCUUGGAGCAGGCCGGCCGCCUUCAUGUCCACUCUACUCAUCCACCAGCCCGAGUACGCGUGGCUGAAGGAGCUGGGGCUCCGCGAGGAGAACGAGGGCGUGUACAAUGGAAGCUGGGGCGGCCGGGGCGAGGUUAUCACGACCUAUUGUCCUGCUAACAAUGAGCCAAUAGCAAGAGUCCGACAGGCUAGUGUGGCUGACUAUGAAGAAACUGUAAAGAAAGCGAGAGAAGCAUGGAGAGUCUGGGCCGACAUUCCUGCUCCAAAGCGAGGAGAAGUAGUGAGACAGAUUGGUGAUGCCUUGCGGGAGAAGAUUCAAGUACUAGGAAGCUUGGUGUCUUUGGAGAUGGGGAAGAUCUUAGUGGAAGGUGUGGGAGAAGUUCAGGAGUACGUGGAUAUAUGUGACUAUGCCGUUGGCCUAUCACGGAUGAUCGGGGGACCCAUCCUGCCUUCUGAGAGACCUGGCCAUGCACUCAUUGAGCAGUGGAAUCCUGUAGGCCUGGUUGGCAUCAUCACUGCAUUCAACUUCCCUGUGGCGGUGUAUGGCUGGAACAACGCCAUCGCAAUGAUCUGUGGGAAUGUCUGCCUAUGGAAAGGAGCUCCAACAACGUCCCUCAUUAGUGUGGCUGUCACAAAGAUAAUAGCCAAGGUUCUGGAGGACAACAAGCUGCCUGGCGCGAUUUGUUCCUUGACUUGUGGUGGAGCAGACAUUGGCACAGCGAUGGCCAAGGAUGAGCGAGUGAACCUGCUGUCCUUCACCGGAAGCACUCAGGUGGGGAAACAAGUGGCCCUGAUGGUGCAGGAGAGGUUUGGGAGAAGCUUGUUAGAGCUUGGAGGAAAUAACGCCAUUAUCGCUUUUGAGGAUGCGGACCUCAGCUUAGUGGUUCCAUCAGCUCUCUUUGCCGCCGUGGGGACAGCCGGCCAGAGGUGCACCACUGCGAGGCGCCUGUUUUUGCAUGAGAGCAUCCAUGAUGAAGUUGUAAAUAGACUUAAAAAGGCCUAUGCACAGGUCCGGGUCGGGAACCCAUGGGACUCUAACGUUCUCUAUGGGCCACUCCACACCAAACAGGCAGUGAACAUGUUUCUUGGAGCAGUGGAGGCAGCCAAGAAAGAAGGAGGCACCGUGGUCUACGGUGGCAAGGUUAUGGAUCGCCCUGGAAAUUAUGUGGAACCGACAAUUGUGACAGGUCUUGCCCACAAUGCAUCCAUUGCACACACAGAGACUUUUGCGCCGAUUCUUUAUGUCUUUAAAUUCAAGAACGAAGAUGAAGUCUUUGCCUGGAAUAAUGAAGUAAAACAGGGACUUUCAAGUAGCAUCUUUACCAAGGAUUUGGGCAGAAUCUUCCGCUGGCUUGGACCGAAAGGAUCAGACUGUGGCAUCGUGAACGUCAAUAUUCCGACGAGCGGGGCUGAGAUUGGAGGCGCCUUUGGGGGAGAAAAGCACACCGGCGGUGGCAGGGAGUCCGGCAGUGACGCCUGGAAACAGUACAUGAGAAGAUCUACUUGUACCAUCAACUACAGUAAGGACCUUCCGCUGGCCCAAGGAAUCAAGUUUCAGUAAAGGUGCUUCAAGUUGACAUUACUUCAAGUCUUCUAAGUUUUCUUGCAGGUCUGUCUUCUGAAGAAGACAAAGAAAUUAAGAUUUUCCCUGAAUAAAUGCAUCUUUUUGAGUAUGACAGUGGCUAAUCCUUUAUGCCUCCGAGGUCCUGACUAAAUCAAGAGACUCAUUUAAAAAAAAAAUUGUCAUGGCAUAGCCAUAUUUAGUAUUAGACAGGAAAAUGGAUUUUUAUGUUACUAGUAGUUACUAAUUUUUUAAAGUUUAUGAUUAUAAUUUAGAAAAAAAAGUACAUGCCAGUGUAGGAAUUUGGAAAAACAGAACGUAUAAAAUAUAAAUCUUCUCGGUAGCUGCAGGAACAUCUGAGCAGGUAAAGAAUAUUCUGAUGGGUCUUGAUUCCCAUCGCCCUCUUCUGGCCUGCGAUGGAAAGAGGGCGUGUCUUUAUGUAUGGGGACCAUAGCACAGCGUCUGUGGAAUGACUGAGGUGUUCAUCAUCAUUGCGACUUCUCUUCUCGCGGUGGCUUGUGUCACCACAGGAGAGGUUUGUGGGGAGGACAAACCUAUCACUAGCUAUCACUCCUGCCUUGGAGCGGGCACCUGCCGUGAGAGCGUAUGUGGAUUUCUUCUGCAGCCUCAGGCCAUCCUCAUUAGCUGGUAGGCUUCUACGGGUGCCCUUCUGUGGUUGCUCUCGGGGAAUGACCGCGUGUGUGGCAGCAUGCGUCGAGUGAACUCAGCAAUGUGCACUUGCUCUUUGCCGAGAAUCGCUUCCUUCUCGGGGGAAGCCGCCCAGGAGCCCUCGGGGUUCAGUCCAAGCCCCCGUGGAGCUCGAAUGGCUCCUGCAGUUCUGUCUUCCCGUGGUCUGUGCUCCAUAGCACUCCUGCCAGAUUGGACUGGGCAGAUGCCUUUGAGGACGACAUUUGUAGAUGACCUGAUGCAUUUUCACAGCUGGCACAGAGUUUGGGGUUAUGACAGAGAAGCAAGCAAAUGGAAAAAAAUAAGCAGUUGUAAAUUUAUCCGGAAAGGAAAGUUACUGUGUGACCACUGCUCACUGAGGUAUGUUGCUGUCAGCCUUGAAUAUGAAUCAAGCCAAAUGCUGAUGAUAGGCCAUUUGAGAACAUGUUGGUGGGAAGAAGUUAGGGGUGAGGAGGUUAGAGAGGCAAACAGUUCUUCAUGUUCAGUAGUGGAAAAUCAGUAAUACCUAAAAUUAGAAAGGAAAGAGAUAGCAACUUGGGCUUAUAAAAAUAGGUAAAUUCCAAAAGAAUCAUUGCUUCAGGGAAGGCAUGUGGAGGGUGGGGGGUGGCAACAGGAUAGAGUGCUAUUUUUCAUAGCUAGUCCUGUAGAGAUAUUUCACUCUUCAAAUCAGGACAACGUAUAAUUGAAUAAAAAUUAAAAUCACAC